GAGGGCAAAUGCGCGCGUGAGGGUGAUCAGAGCUACCACUCGCGCUCGGGCUCGGCGUCGGAUGUAACCGCGCGCGCAUUUCGCUCUCACCGUGGACCGAGGAUCACGCUUUGGGGUUUUGUUGGAUUACAACCGAUCUGAUGUUUUGUUCCUGCAGUCUGAUGCGGAGAAAUGGGUAAACUCCAUUCCAAACAUGCUGCAAUCUGUAAACCGAGGGAAAGCCCGGAAGGUGAUAGUUUUGUAGUGAAUGCCUGCUUGGCAAGGAAAGGACUGGACGACUGGCUGGUGAAGCAGAAGUAUUACUGCGCGAGCGCUCGUUUGGAGCAACAGGACUGUCCACAGAAAAGUACCUGCGGGACACCAGCGAGGGACCCUUUGAAGGACGCUUGUGCUGAGGGUAUUAGUGAUGAGCACUAUCGUUUAGAAGUAGCCCUGCCUCCAGAGAAGAUUGACAGCUUCAGUGGAGAAGAGAAGAUGAUGGACAAGGAGAACUCUGCAGCUGCACCACACAAACAACUACAAUUUGAGGAGUUGGAGUGUGCUGUGUCGGUGGAGGAGGACAAUAGGCAGGAGUGGACCUUCACUCUGUACGACUUUGACAACAAUGGCAAAGUCACAAGAGAGGACAUCACUAGUUUGCUGCACACGAUCUAUGAAGUGGUGGACGCCUCAGUUAACCACUCACCCAGCAGCAGCAAAACCCUUCGUGUGAAGCUCUCUGUCUCACCAGAUGCCAGCCAGAGGUGGAGGAAUGGCAGUGGCACUCAUGCCAACGCAGUAUCAGAAAUGACACACCCCAGACUGAAGUCUGAAAAGUGCUUUGAGGAGCAUAAAAGCUCAGACAAGAAGUCCAGAGCCCUACUGAGGCGUCAUCACAGCGACCAUCACACACAGCAGAGCUGCCAGAGACACUGCGUAGAUGAAAACCUGGAAAGAAGGAAUCAUUAUCUGGACCUGGCAGGCAUUGAGAACUAUUCCUCUCGCUUCGGGACAGCUGCGGCCACUACCGAGCCGCCCAAACCCGAUCACACUUCUCGGCCGUCAAAUCAGACUCGUUCGCGCUCUCAGGAGGCCGAGAACGGACACAGCCACCCGGUCCACCACCAUCGGCGCUCGCACACCAUUUCAAAUGAGACCCCUGCCAUGCAGGACAGCCUCUGUCUCCGCCCCCGAGUCCAGGACUCCACUCACCACUCUCAUGGCGUACGAUCACCCAAAGCCCAACCUUCCUGUAGCAGAGUGAUGAAGCGAGGCCCCGCUCCUCCUCUUGCUCCACCUGUCAACGCCGCACCACAUCAGAUCUCUGCACCUUACCGAAGACACAAACAGCGGCACAGGGAGGGGCCUUCUGCACGAGGGGCUGGCCCCCCAGGUCGUGGGACAGGGCCGGUUGUGAGUUCAGGACAGGCGGUGGAGAAGGAGCAGGUGAGGGAGCUACCCAGCGUUGUGCUGUACGAAGGCGGCCUGGCGCAGGUGGUACAGCGGCACGAACACCAUCACCAUCAUGAGCACCACUACCACUACCAUCAUUUCUACCAGUCAUAAGCAGACAGAGUGAGACAGAGAAAAGGAAGCUGCACAGGCUCAGGCAUGGCCAAGCUGAGACUGACAGACAGCAGGAACCAUGUUUUCCGUGCGUCUUUGCAUGUGUAUUUAAAAGGGCAAGAGGUUUGAUUGGACUGAACUUCAGGCUAGGAAAGGGCUAUAUCUCUCGCUUUAUUUUAUCUUCCUCUUGGAUGACAUUAUUGCUCACGCUCUAAUAUACAUUGUGAACAUGUUCUCACCCGAAAAUUACGCAACUCAUGUGAGGCAUCUCUGCAUGAGGUCCAGUUUAAUAUAAAUGAUGUGAAGUCCCUUAAGACGGUUAUGACUGUUAAAUGAAGUGUUGUGAACAAUGAAGGAAAGGGAGAUAAUCAGAUCUCCUGUGUGUGUGUAUGUAUGUGUGUGUGGGUGUGUGUGUAGUGUAUGUAAUAUGUAUGCAUGUAUGUACAGUAUAUAUAUAUAUAUAUAUAUAUAUAUAUAUAUAUAUAUAUAUAUAUAUAUAUAUAUAUAUAUAUAUAUAUAUAUAUAUAUAUAUGUGCCUAUAUUGCCUACAGUGUCUUGUCGACGCUGAUCCUGUGUUAUUGCCACUCGAAAUCCACUUGAAAAAAGCACUUCUGGUGCGGCUCCAUUCGUUCUGUAAAGAAGAGACGGAUCAGACCCGGUUCCCUUCAUGCAAUACGUGACUCGGCUUCAAAGACUACGAGAAAAAAAAAAGAAACAUGAAAGACAUGAAGAACAUGGAAGAAGAAAUCCUAAUCUGCUGCUACCUCUAGUAUUAUUAUUUUAAUUGUUGAGAAAAUUAUGAUUAGUAUUUCUAUUUUUUUUUCUGUUAUAAUUUUUACUAUUAAACCAACAAUUUACAGUUAAGACAUUUUGAAAAUGGCAUACAUAUACUACAGACUUUGUUGUUUGUACCUGUUUAAGAAAAAAUAUAUAAUGUCAUUUUAUUCUUUCUGUAAAAUGUUCAAUUUUUUCUCAGCCCUGAUUUCAGCAUCUCAAUAUUUUUCUUUUUUUGUUGCUGUUGUUGUAAAGACCACUAAGUAUGAAAGACAUAUAGCACAGUGAAGUGAUAGUAGUAUAUAGUGAUAUACUGAAUACUGUAUGAAGAUUUGCCUUUUUCAAGCAAUUUGAAUCUGUGCAGGGUGUGAAUGAAUGAGUGCAAAAGUUUGUACACUCCUGGAAAAAUGUGUUAAAAGAAAUGUACUUUAUACCAGCAAGACAGCUGUUUGUUUUCGCGGAUGUUUCCUUCGUUAUCCUAGAAAACACGUCAAAGUAAUGUAAAAUAAUAUAAUUACACGAAGGAUAUUACAUUUCAAAAGUUUGCAGCCCUGUUUGUGAUAUGUACUUUGUCCACAAGUUUUUAAAUUUGAUUUCUUACAAAAAUGUUAAAAAAAGUCAUGUAUGAUUUUGUGUGUGUGUGUGUGUGUGUGUGUGUGUGUGUGUGUGUAUGUGUGUGUGUGCCUGUGUGUGAGAGAAAUAGAGAUACAGUAUUCAAAGGCAAGAAAAGAAAUCCAUAUUGAAAUAUUUAAGAUCUCAUGUCUAUCUUCUUUCACAAAAUUUUUUUUGUCACUUCAUAAAGUAAAAGGGCUCUGAAAGAAGUCUUUUUUUAAAGCGUAUUUUAUUUUUUAAGUCCAAAAUUAUGUCACAUUUUGUAAAAUGAAAUAUAAAAAGGUGACAUUACAUGUAACUAGUGAUUUUUUUUCAGUGCGCACUUAUUGUUUAGAGUUUUCUCUGGCUGUCCUGUGUAGUAAAUAAAUAAUAAAUAAUUAUAUAUAUAUUUCAGUUCAAUUCUGAGCAACACCAAACUGCCGCUCUUGGGCAUGUGAGCAAGGCGGGUAACCCUCCACUGCUCAGUUUUAUAAAUAAGAUAUUUGUAAAUUGGUUAGGGGCGUGUGCCUAAUGCUGUAAAUGUAAUUGUAAAUGCGAAAAUGCUAUAGUCUAUGUAGUGAGCCUAAAUAGUGAAUACAAAGCCAUUUUUGAUGUGGCCUCUUUUUGUAAAGUUUCAAAUGUUCUGUGGAUCACAGCUAGCAAAAUUAAUGUCGAAUUAAGUUCAAAUAAAUCAACAUAAAAUACCAUUACUGUAAAAAUCUAAAUUUAUAACAUUUACGAAUCAAACAUUUACAUUUGUUUCCUUGUAAUUGUUGCCUAUAUGUGAUACAAAAGCGAAAUGUAGCGUCACUAACAAUGUUCUGUUUUCAUCAAGGAUUAAAUUAAAGAGUUUAGAGCUGAAA